CGACGAGGCCAAACGGAUUGUGGAAGUGGAAUCCGAUGAAAAAUCGGAAGUGCCACUCGGCCUGCUGCCAACAAGACAAAAAUUGUGGGUUGUUGUUGCUCCACGGCGUGGGAGUAAAGACGCAAGGGGAGACACGUUGAGAAAUCUAAGAAGCAAGCUAAGAGCGCAGCUAGUUUCCUCCAUAUACAAAGAGAGUGUCUUCACGCCAACGGAGCACAAGACCUCCGUUUCCCCAGCGGACUUUCCAACGCUCACCACCACUACGCCCACGAGUCCCACCGCUACAAUGUCCGCGGCAUCAACAUACGAGACCAUUGAGAUGCCCGAAAAGCACAACACCGUGCCCACCGUCACGGCGGGAAACGUUGACGCGGAGGUUGAAAAAGUUGCCAUUUCGCCGACCGCCACUAAUAAGGCGGAAAAAAGGGGUUUGUUUUCAAAGCUCUUCUCAAAGAGCAAAAGCCAAAAGGAAAAACCAAAGGAAGAGCCGAAGCCAAAAAUUGGCUACUUUGAGCUGUACAAGUAUGCGACAUUCCAGGAUAAGCUUCUAGUCUUCUUUGGCGUUCUGGGUGCUGUAGGACACGGCCUCGGCAUGCCGUUAAUGACUAUCAUCUUCUCCGACAUCACAGGAGCUUACUUUAGGUUCGAUCCUUCUAUGCCCGCAACUGUCGAUCACUUAGAUGAUCAAUCGCGCAGAGGCGCCGUCUACUUUGUGAUUCUCGCCGUGGCGCUCUUCAUCUGUGCCUACGCACAAAUGACUUUCUUCCUCAUUGCCGGAGAGAACCAAGCACGCCGUAUCCGCGAGCUGUAUUUCAAGGCGCUGUUGAGGCAAGACGUCGGCUGGUUUGAUGCGACUAAUACCGGUGAAUUGACGACCCGCAUCACUUCCGACACUGCACUGAUUCAGGAAGGUCUCAGUGACAAAGUUGGCCUGAUCAUUCAGUUCUGCGUUACCUUCCUGUCGGGGUUUGUCAUCGCGUACUUCAAGUCAUGGCGGCUGGCCCUGGUCCUCACUGCCUGCUUGCCACUCAUCAUGGGUGCCGCAGGCCUCAUGGCCAGAGCGCUAAACGAAUCCUCCGCUAGCGGCAACACUGCAUACGCUGCUGCUGGCGGCGUCGCGCAGCAAGUGCUGUCCGGCAUUCGGACGGUUGUCUCCUUUGGAGGAGAGAAGCGUGCGGUCGAACGCUACGACAUGUUGCUCGUUAAAGCCGAGAAGGAGGCAAUCAAGAAGAGCGUCUCGAGCGCAGGGGGCAUCGCUCUUGUGCAGCUCAUCGUCUUCUGCGUGUACUCGAUGGCUUUCUGGUACGGGGCCCGUGGGAUCAAGCAGGGUUUAUUGACGGGCGAGGAGGUUCUGAAUUGCUUCUUCGCCUUGAUCAUCGGAGCCUUCUCUCUUGGACAGGCCGUUCCUUUCUUCGGUGCCCUCGCGAGUGCCCAAGGCGCCGCUUACCACGUCUUUGGAACAAUCGAGCGCAACUCUCCGAUCGAUGCCUCCUCUCCCAACGGUGAACGUCCUGACCAUGUAGAUGGAGACAUCGUAUUCAAGGGCGUGUCGUUCCACUACCCAUCUCGCCCCGAUGUUCCAAUUUUGAAGGACUUCUCCCUGAACAUCAAGGCCGGAACCACGGUCGCUCUCGUCGGUGCCUCCGGUUCAGGCAAGAGCACGAUCGUCAAGCUCGUUGAACGAUUCUACAACCCCAUCGCCGGCUCCGUGACCCUCGACGGACGCGACAUCUCCUCCCUGAAUGUCGGCUGGCUCCGUCGCCAGAUCGGCAUCGUUUCUCAAGAGCCCACGUUGUUCGACACAUCGAUCAGGUCCAACAUCCUAUAUGGUCUCAGCGUCGAUCCUGCCAAGUUCAGCGAAGCGGAGCUUGACCAGAUGGUCGAGAAGGCGUGUCGCGCUGCCAAUGCGUGGGGAUUCAUUCAGAACCUCCCGCAAGGCGUGCACACCUCUGUCGGCGAGGCUGGAGGUAUGCUCAGUGGAGGACAGAAGCAGCGCAUCGCCAUUGCACGUGUGGUUAUCAGGGAUCCACGAAUUUUACUGCUCGACGAAGCGACAUCUGCACUCGACACCGAGUCCGAGCGCCUCGUGCAAGCUGCCUUGGAGACAGCCGCAACCGGGCGCACGACCAUUGUGAUUGCCCACCGUUUGUCGACUAUCAAGAACGCCGACAUGAUUGUCGUCAUGAGCAGAGGAGUCAUUGUCGAGACGGGAACGCACGAUGAAUUGUACGCCAAGGACGGUGUGUACCGCGGUCUGGUCGAUGCGCAGAGAUUGAGGGGCCGCUCGGCGGACUCUCCCAGCGCUUCUGCCGAGGACCUGCCUGCGCUCGGAGAAGUCGAGGAAAUCCCGGCCGUUGCGGAAGAGCCACGCAAGUCUCUCGGAGACGCCCCGGCGACCAUCGACAUUGUUGAAGUUGACCCUACCGGAGCGCCUGCCAAGCCCACUCGCAAGGAGAGCCUUGCAGCCGUUGCACGAAGGAACUCGUCCAUCAAGCGCCAAAACUCGCUGGUCAGGAAGACAAAAGAGGAGCAGGAAGAAGAGGAGGAAAAGCGUAAAGCCGACCUCCUCAAACGCAAAGUCGAUCUCUGGCGCAUCCUUCGCUUCAACCGGCCCGAGUUCUGGUACAUGUGGAUCGGCAUUGUAGCAGCGUGCGGAACGGGCGCCGUCAUGCCGGUGUUCUCGGUCAUCUUCACGAACAUCCUCCGCGUCUUUGGAAUCCAGGAUCUGGACGAGAUGGAACGCCAAGCCAAUCGAUACGCCCUGUACUUUUUGCUGUUGGCCAUCGCGGCGUUCGUCGCGUACUUUUUGCAGUUUGGACUUUUGCGCAUUGCCGGCGAUAAGCUGACCACCCGGUUGAGGAUGAUGUCGUUCCAGUCCUUGGUGAAGCAGGAGAUUGGGUUCUUUGAUGAGGAGGAUAAUAACACGGGUGCCUUGACCGCAAAAUUGGCUGAGGAUGCGACUCUUGUGCAGGGUCUGACUGGAGCGACAUUCGCGCAGAUCGUCGGUCUGAUUUCGAACUUCGCUGUCGGCCUCACCAUCGCCUUUGCAUCCAGCUGGCAAAUCACCCUCGUCGUCCUCGCCUGUGUGCCCAUCAUUGCCGGUGGAGGUUACCUCCAACUACGCUCGCUGACUGGUUUUGGCCAGAAAUCUCGUAAGGCGUACAUCUCCGCCAACCAGACCGCAAAUGAAGCCAUUGAGUGCGUCCGCACCGUGCAGACUCUGACCCAGGAGCAAGCCUUCGUUGACAAAUACGCCAAGCUGGUCGAGGUGCCGCACAAGAUGGUCAUCAACGGCGCCUUUGUGAGCGCCGUUGGAUUCGCUAGUGCUGAGAGUACCGUGUUCUUAACCUACGCCCUCGCCUUCUUCUACGGAGCCCGUCUGAUCUUGUGGGGAACUUAUAGCGCCAGCACGGUUCUCCGCGCCAUGUUUGCGAUCAUCUUCUCCGCCAUGGCCGCCGGUCAGCUCUCCAAUUUUGCGCCCGACGCCUCGAAAGCGAAACUCGCUGCGAUUGCCGUGCUUGAUAUCCUUGACCGCCACUCCAAAAUUGACGCCACGCUUACCUCUGGACAGCGGCCCUCGGAUACGCGUGGUCUGCCGUCUACCACCGACGCACACUUUGUGUACCCGACGCGUCCGGACACCAAGGUGCUUCGUGGUUUGAACGUGCGCGCCGAUGUCGGCAAGACCGUCGCGCUUGUAGGGCACUCUGGGUGUGGAAAAUCCACAGUCCUGGGUUUACUCGAGCGCUGGUACGAUGUCGCAUCCGGACACGCCGAUCUCGACGGCCUCGAUGUCCGUGAAUGGAACACGACCUACCUCCGCGAGCAGAUGGCGCUGGUCGGACAAGAGCCCGUGCUGUUCGAUCUGUCGAUCAGGGAGAAUAUCGCGUACGGCGCGAUCGGGGGCGUUGCUACUUCGGAGGAGAUCGAGGCUGCGGCGCGUCAAGCGAAUAUUCAUGAUUUCGUUGCGUCGUUGCCUCAGGGGUAUGAUACGCUUGUGGGAGAAAAGGGUGGGCAGCUCUCAGGGGGGCAGAAGCAGCGCAUCGCCAUAGCCCGCGCCCUCAUCCGCCACCCAAAGCUCCUGCUCCUCGACGAAGCGACCUCCGCGCUCGACUCCGAAUCCGAAAAAGUCGUCCAAGAAGCCCUCGACGCCGCCGCAAAAGGCCGCACCACUGUCGUCAUUGCCCACCGUCUCUCAACCAUCCAGAACGCGGACUGUAUCUAUGUCGUCAAGAAUGGACGCGUUGCCGAGAGCGGCACGCAUGAAGAGCUUGUGCAGAGGCAAGGGUUGUAUGCGGAUCUGGUGUCACAGCAGAUGUUGCAUAAGAUGGAGUAGGGUUGGUCGGACUUGGAAGACACUCUUUACUUACGGACUUGGUUUUGACUUCUGUGUGCACCCGACGCAUGUGGAUAGUGCUUAUUUUUGUUCUGCUUUAUUUCCUCUCUUUGGGGCUUCUCAUCCUAUCAUACCCACAUUCCUUGGACACUUUUUUCGUCACUAUUUUGUACACUUCCUUCACUAUUUUGUACACUUUGGCUGCUUUAUGACUUUAAUGAGAUUCUUGGAGCAUGACAUGAAU